AUGCGUGAACAAAUGGUUUUGGAUGAAAAAAUUAUUGGGCUUGAAUUAAGUGCCAAUAAAAAACAAUUUAAGUGGCCUGUUAAUGAUACUGAGAAGAAAGCGAAAGAAACCGAAGAUGAUGAAGAAAGUAAUGAUGAAAUGUCUGCUCUUCAAACAAUUUUGGUCGUUCACAGUGCUGUUCUUGGUGUUGGAGUAAAAGCUGAUCAACGAAAUUUGGUACAUCUAACAAUAAAAGAUAGUUCCGGCGAUAAAACAAUUAUUGAUCAACCAAUUCUUUCAUUAUCACUUAAUAAAAAUGAUUCGAUUUCAGCAUUUAAUCUUCGAGUUUUAUUAACUGAAACAACUGAAGUGACAUUUAAAUUAGUUGAAGGUGAUGGUCCAGUACAUUUAAUAACAUCGAAAAUAAUUGAACCUCCAUUUGAUUUUGGUGGUUAUUCAUCAGAUGAUGAUGAAGAUCAAUUCGAAACAAUGAGUGGAACAAGUGAUGAUGAUAUUCAACAUAAUGCUGGUGAUAGAAAAAAUCAAAUGAUUUCAACAGGAAAAUCAUCAAAAAAAUCUAAAAAGCAGCAAAUAGGAUCGAUAAAUCCUAAUACGGCGAAUAACAAUUCAUCUGAGUUGCAACAACAAAAGAAAAAACGAAAAAAAGAUGACUAA